ACCCUGUAAUUAGAAGUGUUUGCGGUUGCGCACAGCAGGUAGAAAGUCAGGUCAUUCAGGACUGAUCUGCUCUGAAGAGGGUGUGUUCAGAGACGCUUCUUUACUGUGCAGGGAAACAACGUACUUUUCUCCUCCGUCUCAGAGCAAGCGUCAGCCAUGGCCUCAGGUGUAGCUAUCAGUGAUGAGGUGAUAGACCACUAUAAUUCAAUCCGGGUGCGCAACAUGGGAACUGAGGCGGGGCAAAGGCUUAAACUUGUGGUCAUGUGUUUGAGCAAAGACCAAAAGAGCAUCGUAGUGGACAAUCAAAACUGCCUGAAAGUCAAAGAUGUGGGGAACUCGGAUGUCUUAAAGAAGAUCCUCAGUAAGCUUCCUACAGAUGAGUGCCGCUACGCCCUGUACGACUGUUCCUAUAUGAGCAAGGAGAGCGUGAAGGAGGACCUAGUCUUCAUCUUAUCUGCCCCUGAAACUGCCUCCUUAAAGAGCAAAAUGGUCUAUGCAAGCUCAAAGGCUGCUCUUAAGGCCAAAAUGCCAGGUUUGAAAUUUGAGUGGCAAAUUAAUGAACCUGCAGACAGAGAAGCAUCAUGUCUUGUGGAGAAACUUGGUGGAAGGGACACCGUAAAGUCUUUGGAGGGGAACAGUGUGUAAAAUCAGACCAAUGACCCAACAGCCCCCUUAUCAGCCUGUUAGUCAAAAUGAAAAAUUGUACCUUUAAGAAUUUUUUUUUCAAAAUUGUUUAGGUGUGCUUAUAAGCUUUGUAUUUCAUUGGAACCAGUAUUUGUAAUUUGACCAAGUGAGAACAACUCAUUUAUCCAUUUACAAUUAAUGAUCAUCAUUAAGCAAACACCAACACUUUUUACUAACAACCCGUCAAAUAUAGUAUAAUGACAGCAAAAAUUCUGUUAGAAAUUACAAUUGGACUGUGUACAUGAAAAAUAAAAUCAUGUGAUUUAAGAA